CAUGUUAGGGGUUUUAUUAAGGUCAAAAAGCUCUGUAUACCUGGAAGUCUCAGCAAGCGCCUGCUGUAUCCUGCAAUCAACAAUGAUCCGACAACCAAACAAUGAUCCGACAUUCUAUCAACCUCAGGUAAAUCAGACUACGACACGCCACCAGCUCGCAGCUGCUUCUGAAUUCCGUUAUUCCCGCUCUUGUCGCAAGCCCCAAGGGUUACACCCUGUUCGGCAACCGUCCGAUGGGACUUUUCACCAUACAAACUUUGUCCGCAUAUGAGAGGGCCCGUAAGCCUCCUAUGCGGUCUAUUUCGAGCGUUCCUCAACCUACAGGACGCCCUGCGGACGUGUCCUAUGCGGCCAAUUGCGGGACAUGAACUUGUCCGAUGUUUACAGACCCCUGGAGGUGUAUUACCCGUCCGAUGGAUUUCUUUACUAUGCGGCCAGAAUCACAGUCCCUCAUUCUUUCUGCAUUUCAGUGACAAACAAUGAGUCUGCCAGCGUCACAGGAGGCUGGCCGAGCUGGUAGAGCGGCCCGUAGGGCUAGAGAGGAACCCCAAGCGAAAUUCAGUAUGGAGGAUGAUCGAGUCAUCGGGGAAAUGCUUGUGGAAGAGCGAUCUCGUGGAGCUCAGGGAGGCUUUAAGAGACAGACAUGGACGAGGAUAGCUCAAGAGCUCAAUGAUCGAUUCCAUCCGGACGUCCCUAAGACCGCUCGAUCAUGCCAAGACCACUUCUCCUAUGUCAAAAACAGCUAUCUUAUCGUUGCAGAGGAUGAUAUAUGGGACAAGUACCUCGCGGCCCAUCCCAAAGCAAGGAAAUGGCGUCGAGACCGGUGGGAGCUCUAUCUACUCUAUAAGGAGGCCACAGGUAACUUCAGAGCCCGUGGACAGCAUGUGUACCGUCCAGGAGACACUCAAGAAGGGUCUGAUGGAGAGGACGACGGAGGUGUGGACGAAGAUCAAUAUGACUCGGCCAUGGAGAACACAAUCAAUGAGCUUACAGGUACCCAACCCCUCUCCCAAGCCGCCCAAGACGUGGUCGACAUCUUCUCACAGCUUUCCGGGACACCAGAUCCCUCUCGGUCCCUCAGAACCCCACCCCCCCUCAAUGGUCGCCGUAAAGCUUCAGACGCCCUCGGAGAUGGACUGAGAGAGCUUGCUGGUAGCAUCAGACAUUGGGCAGAGUCCUCAAGCAAUCGCGAGCGACAAUUGAUGGCUAUACGGGUCGAAGCAUUGAAGAAAUUGCAGAAAUAUGAGGAACUGUCGGUCGUCAAGAAAGGGAGGGUGAUGAUGAAGCUUUCGACGGAUAUGGAGGCCUGCAAGUCCUUGCUGAGCUUUGAGGAGGCUCAGGUGGAUCCAGAAGCAGUCCUGGUGAUACUCCGAGGGUGGUCUGAGCUGCAGGGAUCGAGAUAGCGUCGGAAAAGGGUGGUAUCCAUGGUCCAUGUAAGAGAUGUAUAAAUCAGCACGCCCCUUCAUUAUGGAUGUCCCUUUAUGCGAAUUUCCUGCAUAAGUUCCUCUUCUCACCCCAUUCUAUGACGUCCCUGAGGUCCCUGGUACUCCUCCCACAUCCUGUUGGCUAUCUCAUCCCUUCUCCGAUCCCCUCUAGCGAUCUGAGCAGCAUCAAUGGUGCUGUCAAACGAAUCAUUCGGAUCGUCAAUGACAUCGUCGAUCUCAGCCAUAUCUGCUAUCGACUCUGAUGACGUUGACAUGCUGGAGGGGUUGAGGCCAUUGAGGACAGUACUCUCAUCAUCCUCAAACCACUCAGGGUCGCCAGCACCGUAUUCUCGAGCGAGAUUGAACAUAACACAUAUCC